GAAGGAGCUCCGGGAGGGGGGAAAAGGAGGCUCGGCGGCCUCGGGCACGGAGUGCUGGGCGAUGAGGGGGCGCAACGCGGCCCCCCGAAACUGAGCGCAGCGCCCCGAGCGUCGAACGAGGCCGCAGCCAUGGAGCCCGCGCAGCAGCAGCCGCCGCCCCAGCCGGCCCCGCAGGGCCCCGCGCCGCCGUCCGCGUCUCCGGCCGGGACCCCCGCGGCCCCGCCCGCACCCCCGGCUGGCCACCAGGUCGUGCACGUCCGCGGGGACUCGGAGACCGACCUGGAGGCGCUCUUCAACGCCGUCAUGAACCCCAAGACGGCCAACGUGCCGCAGACCGUGCCCAUGCGGCUGCGCAAGCUGCCCGAUUCCUUCUUCAAGCCGCCGGAGCCCAAGUCCCACUCGCGACAGGCCAGCACCGAUGCGGGCACCGCGGGAGCUCUGGCUCCACAGCACGUCCGAGCUCACUCGUCUCCUGCCUCGCUGCAGCUGGGGGCCGUCUCUCCUGGGACACUCACCCCCAGUGGUGUGGUCUCUGGCCCGGCGGCUACCCCUGCGGCUCAGCAUCUGCGGCAGUCUUCCUUUGAAAUCCCUGAUGAUGUUCCAUUGCCAGCAGGCUGGGAGAUGGCCAAGACAUCGUCUGGUCAGAGAUACUUCUUGAAUCACAUCGAUCAGACAACAACAUGGCAGGACCCCCGGAAGGCCAUGCUCUCGCAACUCAACGUCCCUGCGCCUGCCAGCCCAGCAGUGCCCCAGACCCUGAUGAGCUCUGCCUCAGGACCUCUUCCUGACGGAUGGGAACAAGCCAUGACUCAGGAUGGAGAAGUUUACUACAUAAACCAUAAGAACAAGACCACUUCCUGGCUGGACCCAAGGCUUGACCCUCGUUUUGCCAUGAACCAGAGAAUCUCUCAGAGUGCUCCAGUGAAGCAGCCCCCACCCUUGGCUCCCCAGAGCCCACAGGGAGGCGUCCUGGGUGGAGGCAACUCCAGCCAGCAGCAGCAGAUACAGCUGCAGCAGCUGCAGAUGGAGAAGGAGAGACUGCGCCUGAAACAGCAGGAAUUACUGCGGCAGGUGAGGCCACAGGCAAUACGGAAUAUCAAUCCCAGCACAGCAAAUGCUCCAAAAUGUCAGGAACUAGCUCUCCGAAGCCAGCUGCCCACACUGGAGCAGGAUGGAGGGGCUCAGAAUGCAGUGUCUUCUCCCGGGAUGUCUCAGGAAUUGAGGACGAUGACAACCAAUAGCUCAGACCCCUUUCUUAACAGUGGCACCUAUCACUCUAGAGAUGAGAGCACAGACAGUGGCCUCAGCAUGAGCAGCUACAGUGUCCCUCGGACUCCGGAUGACUUCCUCAACAGUGUGGACGAAAUGGAUACAGGUGACACUAUCAACCAAAGCACGCUGCCGUCACAGCAGACUCGUUUCCCAGACUACCUUGAAGCCAUCCCUGGGACAAACGUGGACCUUGGGACACUGGAAGGAGACGCAAUGAACAUAGAAGGGGAGGAGCUGAUGCCCAGCCUACAGGAAGCACUGAGCUCCGACAUCCUCAAUGACAUGGAGUCUGUGCUGGCUGCCACCAAGCUAGAUAAAGAAAGCUUUCUCACGUGGUUAUAGAGCUGCCAGGCAGUCACUCUCCGAGUCUGUGAAGGAUCCACGGAGCCUAAGGCGUGCAUCCCUGAAAUGCAAACAAGCCAGCAGGUGCCUCUCUGGCUGACACAGAAAACAGAUGAACAAAUGUCCAGCAGGGAUCUUCCCCCCGCUGUCCUGCUCUUCUCUGCCCAUCGCUGCUGUUAAUGUUGCUGACCUCCUCACAGCCAGCCCUGAAGAAUAAGAGCCACAAACUACCAACGCCCCUCAGUCUCUUUGCUACGAUAACUGCUGUUCCUUGGGUCUCCUGGGGGAUAG